AUGCACCUAGGUGUCCAGAAAGUGUCACCACCUUUGAGAACCAUCUGUAUCCCAAGAGAAUUGCCAAGACUUGACUUUGGACAGGAGCUUAAUAUACAGCAUGCUGACUACAGUCAAUUAUAUAGAGCAUACUUGAAAGUUGCCAAGAGAGUAAGUCCUUAUUCAUUUAGAACUUACACUGUCAGGAGGAUAAGAGAUGCCUUCAGAGAAAAUAAGAAUGUAAAGGAUCCUGUAGAAAUUCAAGCCCUAGUGAAUAAAGCCAAAAGAGACCUUGGAAUAAUUCGUCGACAGAUGUUCCUGUCACAUUGUGGACUGCCAGGCAAUGAAAUGAAGGAAAGACUACAGGAAAAUAAAAAGAGCAG